AUGCUUGAAGACGGACGAUAUUCCGUGUACCGGGUUCGGGAGCGCGCCCAGAGGCGAGCCAAACGCCGAGUGACGUUUUACAAGGCGCUUUGGGUCGGCGUCACCUGGCUUUGUUUCCUGGUGUUGCUUGCCAUUCUGUUGCUGUCUGAUUGCACGACAUGGAUCAGGGUCACCAACUGCGUCGCGCUCACCACUUGGUCGAUAUGUCUCAGAAUGGUCGAAAACUUGUUCAUCCGGCCUGCGGAGGUAGCACGUGGCACCGUGAUAAGAGGCGAUUCGCCUGACGCCGUCUACGUCCUGGGGAGGGACAACUCCGCCUUUGUCCUCGAAGGAACCCGCCAGCAGAUCAAGGAGUGGUCGACCCGAGGCCUACGCUACGGCCCAAACCUCGAUAUUUUCCACGGUGUCCUAUCCCUGCGCCGCACGACAAUGGACCAGGCUGCGUUUGUCCUCCUGAAUGUGCUGGGUCAAGUGAAUUUGCAUGUGGGCCGCAUGCUGAACAGCUUGGACUGCCUGACGCCCCUCGAACGGCUGGACGAAAGCAAGGACUCUGUCAUCUGCCGCACCAUAUCAAUGCACUGUUGAUUCGGAAAUUCAAGGGAGUCAGGAAUGGAGGAAACGAUUGGGUCACUGCCGCCGGCUUGUUGCCUUUCACGCAUGUCUGGAACGAGUGGCGGCGUCGUGUGGUUAAGGAUGAAUAUUCAGACCCGAAGCAGGUUUACAAAGAGGUGGAAAAGGAACGUGAGAUUUUUCUUGAUGGGGAUACGCUCGGUUCGAAAGACGCCGGAGAUACUGGAACCUCGGAGAAGGGGUGUCUAGGCUGACAUGAGACUCAGCAGCGAUCAUUAACACUACUGUAGAAAUGAAAUUUGACGGUAACUCGAGGACGGAUAACAGGGGCCGACCGCGAGCCUUUGGGCCGCAGGAGCCCACAGCGAUAGAAAAAGCCGCCAACACAAUUGCAGUUUGGACGGGAAGGACUGCCGACACGGACAGAGUCAUGGAGGAGGCCUGGAG